CUUUGCCACGAGCGCACCACACAAGCACUUGUCCUUUGAUCAUUCGUACCGAUCACAUGCUAUAUCCUUGAUAUCUUUGGGUUUGAGCAAGCCGUUUCACUCUACAUAUGUCGUCGUGUCUGUCGCUCCUAAUUCUGCCUUGAACUCAGCAGCCUUUCAAUGUCGUCAACAACAUCUCGAACCAGCCCUGUGGACAUACGUCCAAGUAGUCCAGCAGGAGGCAGCGCGCAUUCCCGAAACACGUCGAUAGCACGAUUAUGCUCUCCUGUGCCAUCGCAGCGUCUUAAUACGCCCCCUGUACAGCAGGUCCCGACGCCUCAGCAAAUCGCAGCCGACAACAAUGAUUCUGCCCUGCCCAAACUCGAUCAGUCUGGGUCGUUGCCAGGCCCAGGUCGGUCUGCCCUAUCCACAGCUCUGGCCGAUACUGGGAAUCGAACUCCUCCUAGAACUCGUACACCACCUGUUCCCGCAAACGACUCUUCCCCGAGACAGCCCCUAUUGAGCGCCGCAGCAGGACUGGGGAGUCACGACAGAUUACCGAGGAGCAAUUAUGGCUCUUUCAACCCUCGUGAGGUGGCUGGAAGCCCAGGACCUACAGAGGACCCCGAGGUGGUGAAAAGACAUUUGGUGCAGCCGGAUCAAGGCUCAUCGAGAGGUAGACCUCUCCGAUUAGAUCUGAGCGAACCAGGGAGCGGUUUGGAUUCACCCGAGUUCUCCAGUCUCCGGUUGCAAGGUGGGGACAUGACCCGUGCCGUCUAUCGAUGGGCAGAAGAACAGGAAGGAAACCAACCUGGCAAGGCUCAGAGGAGCAAGAGUUUCACUAUGCCGAGACCAGAGCCUGAAAGUGACACCUUGGACAUACAAAACAUCCGGGUGCCUGGCGGAUUCCGCAGAAACUUUCUGCGUAGAGCUGCUGAGAGUCCCACCCCUUCGGGUCGAGCCUGGAAGGGUUCUCCUGCAGCACACGGGCAGGAUGCUUCUGCAAGUGAUGCUCAACCCAGGCUUUUUACGAAUAAUUUUCUAGAGUUUCUCACGCUCUACGGACACUUCGCGGGUGAAGAUCUAGAGGAGGACGACGAGGUUCUUGAACCAGAUGAAUAUUUCUCAUCGGAUGCUUACGACGAGGGCAGCGAUCGAGAGCCUUUGGAGGAUAGUGCUCUGCUUACACCGGGUGGACUCCGUCGAAGACGACACAAGGAGCGCCCGCCGACUGGAACGGGCAGCAGUCUCAAUGCAGCCCUCCUCCUCCUGAAAUCUUUUGUUGGCACAGGAGUCCUCUUCUUGCCGCGGGCGUUUUUGAACGGCGGCAUGCUCUUCUCUUCCCUCGUCCUGCUAGCUGUUGCCGUCCUCAGCUAUCACUGUUUUAUCUUGCUCAUAAGCACGCGGAACAAGGUCGAGGCUUCGUUCGGCGACAUCGGCGGCAUUCUCUACGGGAAGUGGAUGAGAGCAAUGAUUCUGUUCUCCAUCGUUCUUAGCCAGAUUGGGUUUGUAUCGGCAUAUACCGUCUUCACGUCGGAGAAUCUACAGGCAUUCGUCCUUGCGGUUUCCAAGUGCAGGACUUUCAUCGACAUCAAGUUCAUGGUGCUGAUGCAACUUGUCAUAUUCUUGCCACUGAGCUUGAUCAGGGAUAUCGGAAAACUCGGCUUCACAGCUCUAAUCGCUGACGCCUUCAUCCUCGUGGGCCUCAUCUACCUUUACUACUACGACAUUGCCACCAUCGUUGACAACAAAGGACCUUCAGAUAUCACCUUGUUCAACCCUUCAACCUGGACGCUUUUCAUCGGCACGGCUAUUUUCACUUUCGAAGGCGUAGGACUGAUCAUCCCAAUUCAAGAAUCAAUGAAGCGACCUCGAGACUUCCCUGGUGUCUUGGCUACGGUCAUGGUCGUCAUCACCAUUCUGUUUACCUCCAUCGGCGCGCUCUCGUACGCUGCAUAUGGGUCGAAAACCAAGACGGUCGUCAUUCUCAAUCUGCCUCAAGAUAGCAAGAUGGUCAACGCUGUGCAAUUUCUCUACUCCCUGGCUAUCCUUCUCAGCACACCGCUCCAACUGUUCCCGGCCAUCCGUAUCAUGGAAAAUGAACUAUUCAGUCGCUCGGGCAAAUACAACCCUUACAUCAAAUGGCAGAAGAACAUUUUUCGCUUCUUCCUUGUUUGCGUAUGUUCGCUCAUUGCAUGGGGUGGUGCGGGCGAUCUGGACAAGUUUGUCGCCCUAGUUGGCAGCUUCGCAUGCAUACCGCUGGUAUAUUGCUACCCUCCCUUGUUGCAUCUCAAGGCUGUGGCAAAGACCGACCUGCAGAGAUGGUUAGAUUAUCUGAUGUUUGCCUUCGGGUUGGCAAGUUGUGUGUACACGACCGUCUUGACGAUCCAGCAGUGGGCUGGGAGCAGUGGCGGCAAAUCCCCUGGAUAUUGCGACUCCUAAAGCACUGGUGGGAAUGGACGCCGCCAUGCACAAAGGGCGUGGGUGAAGAGGACAAGGGUACAAUUUGAGCAGUCUGCUGUCAACUCCAGGGAAAGCUGGUAGGGCAUUCUGGGUCGACCGCUUUUUUACUUCCCACAAGAUGCCGUCAACCCGACUUCCGAAUAUCUGGACACACCUUUCUGCUUCACCCUUUAUUUCAACCUGUUCAGACCCGUGUUUUAACGGCUGGGGGAAUCCCAUUCUCGAUUCCACAUUUGUAAGACAGUACCAAGGCUUGCACUCCAUCAAUUUGAGGCUCACGUCGGGGACCAUCCUGGCUCGCCUCUUUAUAUAGUUGAUCAGAUGAGCCAAUCAUUGGAAUGCAUGUCUUCGACCUCAAAUUUGAGGCACAAAGUGUAUAUCACGUUUCCCGAUGGUCUAAUAUUACCAUGUUGGUAACCACCGAGAUCAACAUUCCCUGAAUAGACUGGCAAAUAUCGUCGUAUUGGAACUUUCAGCAUGACCACCCAGAUUUUCGCUCAGUUCCCUCGCUCUCUUGAC